UCGAGUCUCUCAUCUAGCUAUUAUCUAAUCACGGAAUACCCUGCAUGAUUUUCAUCGCAGGAAGUGCCAAGCUUAUUGGCUCUUGCUUUUCAGUUGAUCGGGUAGCUCAGCUUUCCGCUCUCGCUUCAAUUGUAAAUCGGAGAACGGAACCUGCCAAUGCCACCUCGAGCUGGCACCACACAGCCGUGGUGGUCUUUAGGUCAGCUCUUCUUCACCAUCUCUCGUCGCUUCUCUGCUAGGCUGAAUUUCUCCUUCCUAUCUGAAGCUAAGGUGUUGAAUCAUUUGGAUGACGAGUGUGAAGAUUUCUUGCCAUGGUUAGAGAGGAAAGCUGGUGUCCACGUUUCAUCCAAACUUUACAUUGGGAAAUCCUCCUACGGCAGGUCACUAUUUGCUUCUAAAGACAUACUAACUGGGGACUGCAUAUUGAGAGUUCCAUAUAGUGUUCAAAUAGCAUCAGAUAAUCUACUUCCAAAAGUGUCAGCUUUACUAGAUGAUCAAGUUGGGAGUGUUACGAAGGUUGCUAUUGUCCUCUUGGUUGAGCAAAAACUUGGCUGGGAAUCUGAGUGGGCGCAUUAUUUAAGUUGUCUUCCUCAGCUUGAAGAAAUGAAUAGCACGAUAUUCUGGAGCAGAAGUGAGUUGGACAUGAUUUGUCAAAGCUUUGUGUAUCAGGAAACAAUCAAUCAAAAAGCUCAAAUUGAAAAAGAUUUCUUGACAAUUAAGCCAGUAUAUAUAUUUUGUUUCUCGUUGGCUCUUAAGCAAUUCCCUCAUAUUUUAAGGAGUAUCACAAUUAAGGAUUUCAUGCAUGCAUAUGCUUUAGUUAAAUCUCGAGCUUGGGGAAGCACAAAGGGAGUAUCUCUGAUUCCUUUUGCGGAUUUUCUGAACCAUGAUGGGGUUUCUGAAGUAAUUGUGUUAAAUGAUGAAGACAAACUGGUCUCUGAGGUCAUUGCUGAUCGCAAUUAUGCUGCUCAUGAAGAGGUACUGAUCAGAUAUGGAAAAUUUUCAAAUGCUACCUUGCUUUUGGACUUUGGGUUUACACUUCCAUAUAACAUCCAUGACCAGGUUAAGAUCCAGAUUGAUAUACCUCAUCGUGAUUUCUUACGUGAAAUGAAGUUGGAAAUCUUGCAAAAGCAUUAUUUACCAACAAUUGAAGAUGACAAUGGUUUCAAGUCUUCAUGGGAUUCUUUCAUAAUCAAAGAAGUGAAGUCUGCUGAAGGAAAAGGGAAGGGUCUGCCACAGUCACUUCGUGCAUUUGCUCGGGUUCUAUGUUGCACAUCACAUCAAGAUUUAAGUGAUUUGGUCAUCGAAGCCGCACAAAAUGAUGGCCGUUUGGCUAGGCGCCCUUUUAAAAGUAGGAGCAGAGAGAUCCAGGCACAUGAGAUCAUGUUGUCGCAUCUCACUCAACUCAUUGAGGAAUAUGAUACCUCUGUUAAGUCGUUGGGGCAUGCUGAUUCUCCCACCACGUGUAAAAGAUUUGCUCUUCGAAGGCAAAUGGCUCUAGACCUCCUCACUGGUGAGCUUCGUAUCCUUAAAUCUGCUUCGGCAUGGUUGAAGAAUUAUUGUGCAUCCUUGUUACAGCAUGCCGACAUGAAUGAUGCUGCUAGUUAUGAUGGAAGUGUUCAAGAAUGAGCAAGCAAAUAAGAGGAGAAUUUACAUUUGCAAUCAGUUACUUUACAUGAAUCAAUUUAGAACUAGACAUGCGAAAAUCAGGGAAGACCGCAAAUUAUUCAGUUCUGCAUAGGCAUAGCGAUCCUGGAGAACCCAAUUACAAUCAAAGGCACUUGAUCAUCUUGAACAAUUUUGUGAAGCACAUGGAAGGAUUGUUAUUCUAUGCGACAAUGAUCUGUUGUAUGCCAUGUAGAAUUAAAAAUCUGAGAAUUUAUUGUAAAAAAUGUUCAGGUAAUGCAAUUUUCUUAGUGAAAACUUUAUGCCGUA